AGGAACGCAUCGCUCAACUGCAACCCCCACCUAGCCUUCCGUGAACUUACAACUGGUAUUGCAAGGCAGUCGUCGACCAUGGACUAUCCCAUGGCAUGGCUUGCAGAGCUAUCCCAGGUACCCUUGACGGCUUCUGGGGUGACCCUUGCCUCAGUUGCGAACAGCCCAUGGCUAGACUCCCUAUUGCUACCUGUAUACGCCGCGGGUGUUUCUGGUUUGCUUCUCCUCGCGCAAUCCGCGAGCGAGGUCAUUCGCAACAAUGGUCUUCCGGCAGAGGAUACUCCACAGUCGGAACCCGAGACGCGCUCCUGUUUCCGGAGGGCACUCGAGAAUGUGGGAGGCGGCACCAUCUUCGCGUUCAAACUUGCCCAGCUCUUGGGGAUAUUGGGGCUUUUCGGUGUUUCGUUGGCCCAGCUGGCUCUCCAGAAUCGGGAGACCGCGUCGCACAAUCUCCUGGCCAGCAGCCAUUGGCAGAUCGUUCAAGCCGCCCAAUGCGUACUUUAUGCUUACCUCGCCGCUCUUGCAGCGGUCGCAGUGUUCGGGAGGCCUUCGGUGAACAGUCGCGCUUACGGCCAUGUCUCGUUCAUCCUGGUGUUCGUAUGGAGCGCGUACAUGUACCGUGACGUGUACCCGCUUGCCACCCUUGAUCGGACCCCGGCUGAUACUGGAGAUGGAGCGUUGCUGUACGCGAAGUUCGCGCUACUGACGAUCACGGCUGUUGUCAUUCCUCUCUUCGUGCCGCGGAAGUAUGUGCCUGUGAAUCCGAAGGAGGUACUGGAGCCGAAUCCAGAGCAGACGGCGUCUUUGGCGUCGCUUCUGACGUUCACGUUCAUGGCGCCGAUUGUGUGGACUGCGUACAAGAUUUCGCACUACAAAUACGAGAUGCUUCCUCCGUUGGCGGACUAUGAUCACCUGAAGAGUUUGGUUGGGAAGAGUUUCCCUCGCCUCGAUCCGACUCAAAACAAGUCUCGUCGGCACAUGGGGUUCAAGGUUCUGCGAGUUUUCUGGCUCGAGUACGUGCACUUGGCUUCCAUGUCCGUGACUGCGGUCCUCGCCGCGUUCGCCGCACCUAUUGCUAUUCAGGGUCUUCUCGGGUACUUGGAAUCCGGAGGAACAGUAUACAGCGUGCGGCCAUGGUUCUGGAUUGCGCUCCUCUUCUUCGGGCGGGUGUUCAAGAGCAUCUCUGACCAGUGGUUCAUGUUCAAGCACACUCGUCUCUCGGUGCGCAUUCAAGCCGUCAUCACGGAGCUCGUCUUCGAGCAUGCCCUCCGUAUUCGCAUGAAGGCCGAGACGUCUGAAGUGACAGAUGCGAGCAAGAGUGGCGAGAUCACAGCCGUGGCGACUCCCGACACUGCAUCCCAAGUUGGAGUUGAGGGUGAAGGCGAGGGAAGCGCAGAAGGAAGCGACGCCGGGGCCAGUGUCCCUGCUCACUCUGCCACCUCUAGCUCGAGCACCGCCGUUGCUCCCGCCUCCAUCAAGGGCAAGGGCAAGGCUCCAUCGGAAGAUACGGCGAAGAAGGUCGCUGAGCCGUCGAAGCCUGCAGAAGGUGGCAAAAAAGGCAAAAAUCUGGUCGGGAGGAUCAACAAUCUGGUCACUAGCGACCUGAGUAACUUGGAGCCGAUCGGAAUGUUCGUGACAUUCGCUACGAUCGAGUCUCCAUUCCAAAUCACGCUCUGUAUGGUAUUCCUGUAUCAGAUCCUUGGCUGGAGCGCCUUGGUAGGUCUGGCGACCAUGUUGAUCACUCUUCCUGUACCCGGGUGGAUCACAAAGCACAUUCAAGGGACUCAGCGCGAAAAGAUGAAGCGGACGGACGCUCGUGUCCAGACAGUGACUGAAAUGAUGGGCGUGAUCCGCAUGAUCAAACUCUUCGGGUGGGAGCACCGCAUUAACAAGCAGCUGAACCAGAAGCGCGACGAGGAGCUCGUCUCUGUGAAGAGAAACCGAAUGCUGGGGAUGCUGAACAACCUGUGCAACUUCGCCAUUCCCACUUUGAUCAUGUUAUCAACGUUUGCUACCUACUCCAUGAUCAUGAAGCAGACGUUGACUGCAUCGAAAGUGUUCUCUGCGAUGUCCGUUUUCGAUAUGCUCCGGAUGGACAUACAAGCGACUUUCUUCAUGAUUCCGGGGUUGAUACAGGCCAAAGUAUCCCUCGAGCGUAUCCACGACUUCUUGUACAAUACUGAACUCAUCGACGAGUUUGCCGAACCUAACGUGGACACUGUGGAAAUUAUUUCCUCUAACGUCCCUGAAGAAUACAGGGAAUCGAUCGGCAUUCGCCAUGCGUCGUUCACUUGGGCGAAUGACUCUGCAAAGCUUGCGAUCACCCCCGGUGGCACUCGUAAGCGCACGUUUGUACUUCACAUUGACGACGAGGUCUUCUUCAAGCGGGGCAAGAUAAACCUAAUCGUUGGUCCUACUGGCUCGGGGAAGACGUCCUUGCUCAUGGCGCUGCUUGGAGAAAUGCAUUAUAUCCCUGCUGGACCUGACUCGUUUGUUAGCCUUCCCAGGGAGGGCGGUGUGGCGUAUGCUGCUCAAGAGUCGUGGGUUCAAAACGAUACUAUCAAGAAUAAUAUCCUGUUUGGCGCACCGUUUGAUGAAGUCCGAUACAAGAAAGUCCUGAAGCAAUGCGCACUGGAGCGUGACCUCAGCUUGUUCGACGCUGGUGAUCAGACCGAGGUCGGAGAGAAAGGUGUCACGCUCAGUGGUGGUCAAAAGGCUCGUAUCACGUUGGCCCGUGCGGUCUACUCGAGCGCGCAGAUCUUGCUGUUGGACGAUAUCCUUGCUGCUCUUGAUGUUCAUACUUCCCGAUGGAUCGUCGACAAGUGUCUGAGCGGUGAUCUCGUUCGUGGCCGCACGGUCAUCCUAGUGACUCACAAUAUUGCCAUGGUCAGCCCGAUUGCAGAUUUUGUAGUUGACGUCGGUUCAGAUGGUCGCAUCUUGAGCCAAGGCACACUCUCCAACGCGCUUGCUCAUGACGACAAACUGCUGGAGGAAGUGCAGCACGAGGCUGAGGAACUUCAGAGGGCCGAGGAAGAGAUUGACGGGGAGAAACCGGAGGACGUCAACGACAAGUCUAACGCAGGCAAGCUAGUUGUGGCUGAGGAGAUAGAAGAGGGUCACGUUGGAUUGCAAGCAAUGUUACUGUACCUGGGCAAUCUGUCGACGCGACCGCUUAUUUUCUGGUUCAUCUAUGUCAGUGCGUACUCGCUACGCCAUUUCAUCACCAACGUCCAGUCUUGGUGGCUUGGGUACUGGGCUGCGCAAUACGAGGCUCAUGCUCCCGAAGAUGUAAAGGCCAGCUACUACCUCGCCGUAUAUUGCUACGCUGUGCUCGCAAUCAUGAGCUGCUCUGCCUUCUGCGUCUGGUAUUAUGUCAAUGGCAGUAUGCGGGCGUCCAAGAUCGUCCAUGAGAGACUUGUCACCUCUCUACUUGGAACGACUUUGAGGUGGCUUGACAAGACGCCAACUGCACGUAUCAUCGCUCGGUGCACAGAAGAUAUCCAGACAAUGGACACUCGAUUUGCGAGGAACGUCGAAGUUCUCAUUGAAGUAACCGUAUUUCUGCUCAUGAAGGUCUUCGCUAUCGUCGCCUUCACUCCGCUUUUCUUCAUCCCUUCCGUCUUGCUCGCUAUCUUUGGUGGGGUCUUGGGACACAUCUACAUGAAGGCGCAGCUUUCCGUGAAGCGUGAAAUGAGCGUUGCAAAAGCACCUGUGGUUGGUCAUUUUGGUGCUGCCAUCAGCGGUAUCACUUCCAUUCGCGCCUAUGGUGCUCAGGAGUCACUCAAGAGAGAAGCAUACGUGCGAAUUGACAGGUAUAGUCGAGUUGCGAUCACAAACUUCAAUCUCAAUCGCUGGAUGACGAUUCGCGUAGACCUUGCCGGAACCGUGUUCCUGAGUUCCUUGGCUAUUUGGCUGCUGUAUUUUGCUCCGUUGAGUGCCUCUAACACUGGCUUCUCUCUGGCGAUGGCUGCUGCAUUCAGCAACAAUAUCUUUGCUUGGGUUCGCAUAUUCAACGACCUCGAGCUCUCCGGCAAUAGUUUGGAGCGCAUCCAACAAUACCUCGUUAUCGAACAUGAGCCACAAUCAACUCCGGAAGGCGUACCUCCCGCAUACUGGCCUGCUAGUGGCGCCCUCGAGGUCAACAACUUGUCUGCCCGAUACUCUGCCGACGGUCCCAAGGUCCUCCAUGAGAUCUCCUUCGACGUUAAUUCUGGAGAGCGCGUCGGGAUCGUGGGUCGUACCGGUAGUGGCAAGAGCUCUCUCACGCUGGCCCUGCUCCGCUGCAUCUUGACCGAAGGUCUUGUCCGUUACGACGGGCUGCCCACCGACAAGAUCAACCUCGACGCCCUCCGUUCCAACAUCACUAUCAUUCCGCAAGUGCCAGAGAUGCUGAGCGGGACGCUCCGUCAGAACCUCGACCCAUUCGGGGAGCACGACGAUGCUGUGCUGAACGACGCCCUGCGCUCUGCCGGCCUGUUCAACCUCCAGGAUGAGCACGACGAGUCCCGUAUCACGCUAGACUCCGAGAUUGCGGGGGGUGGUGCGAACCUGUCAGUAGGCCAGCGCCAAGUACUUGCCCUCGCGCGGGCGAUCGUGCGCCGGAGCAAGCUCCUGAUCCUCGACGAGGCUACAUCUGCGAUUGACUAUGAGACGGACUCGAUCAUCCAGAAGUCGCUGCGGACAGAGCUUGGGAAGGACGUCACCCUCCUGACUGUCGCCCACCGUCUGCAGACGAUCAUGGACUCAGACAAGAUUAUGGUACUCGAUGCUGGGCACAUCGUCGAGUUCGGGAGACCCAGCGAGCUCCUGAGAAACGAAAAGGGCUUCCUGCGUGCUCUGGUAGACGAGAGCGGAGAUAGAGAGAAGUUGUACGCCAUGGCUGCUGCUGCCGCAGGCGAGCCGUCGGGUUGAUCAUUGUGUCUCCUGCUCGUGCCCAUCUAUCUUAGACGUAACAUUAUCGGCACCGUACCUUGUCCAAUUUCUUCGUCGUCUUUGUGACCCGCUACACAGUUUCACUCCUAUGAUAUACAGGCGGUUUCU